AUGCAAAUUAUUAUAAUACUGAUAAGAUCGGUGUAUGUGAUGGACAACUCGUAUCCCGACCAGGAUAGUGGUCAUAUUGCAGGAACUUCCCCAAGUAACACUCUCAUAUAUCCUGGUAUGGAGGUAGUCGGCCAUCCUACGCAGUUGACCAUGUGUAGUGAUGAAUCACAAGAACAUGCACAACAUGAUAGUGAAAGUGCGGGAACGAGCAGCUCAAGAAAACGCAAGAGAGUGAGCGGACAAUCGAAUGAAGGUCGCUCGGAUAGGCUUGAAAAGUUACAAAAUGUCAUUUUUAAAGUGAUAAAUAUGAGAGAAGAUUUUGCACAAGAAUAUAAUCAAAAAACAAAGAAUAACCAAGGAGAUUUGGAGUUGUCCAGGUAUUUUGAUAAUCUAAAAGAAAUGUUGAUUAAGUCUGCACGUUGUUUACGUACAAAUAAGGGAAGGAUAGUUAAUACGGGAACAGAUAAUUGUGAUAUUUUGUCACUAAUUUCCGAAUAUAUUACAUUUAGAACAAACAUAUUUGUUCAGAUGAAAAGAUUUUUAGUGUCAAUUGAAAGAUUAAGUUCCGAUAAAGUGGCUGUUACCUGUGAGGGUGUGAAAAAAAUUUCUCAGCUGCUGAAGCUUUACGCCAGAUACAACGAUGAACUUUAUUCUCUGCUAACAACUAAUUCUAAGAUAAGUGAGGCAGAAUAUUUUAGUGGUCAAAGUGUGAAAUGUGUAGGUUGCAGUAAUAAUCAUCGUAAUAACUGUUUUAUUAUGCAAGAUGUGAUUGAUAGUUUAUUUAUUAAUUCAUUAGAAAUGCUGUACGGGACGAGAGUCGCUGACAAGUGUUUGCUUUUUUCUGAGUUUACAAGCCUUUGUGGGUAUUUUGUGCAGUUCCGCAACAAUGUAACAAAAAUAAUGCUGCGUGAUAAAGCGAUCACGAUAUAUCUUGUCAGCAGAAUCGAAAACAUUGUGACAUCAUGCAUAAAACUGAGGAAUAGAGGAGAUGAUCAAUAUAAGAACAAACAGAAUAUGCUGAGACAGAUCGAUUAUCGUUCCUUUGUUCGUACAUUUCUGUUUUCACAACUUCUUUGUGUCUUAAAAGUCAAGUUAAGCGUUAUUUCAAAGUACGUAUUUUUUUCCGAGUUGGAGUAUACUUGCUCAACAGUUUGUGGUGCGAGUAAUCCUGAUACUGUUUGCGAUACUUUUUUGGAAGGAUAUGAGCCUCUAUUCUUUUUGCUGUCUGGUUUAUUUGACAAGAUUGGAUUUACAAGCCGUUGUUCAAAAGCUACUUGGGAUAAGAAUCUAAGCAUGGAGCACUUAGAUGGAAAAUAUAUUCUUGAGAAGAUUCUUUAUAAAUAUUCACGUCAUAUGAAAGAGAGAUUAGGACAAAACGUAAAAUGGUUGUAUGGAUAUAUUGGACGGUAUCUCUCCACAAGCUAUUCUGAGAGGCGAGAUGAAAUACUUAAGAAAAUUGAGGAGUUGGAUUAUAACAAUUCUGAACUUAUGACACAGCAAGUUUGUGAUCUUUAUAAGUGUGUUAGAAGGCAUCUGGAAGAGCUGAUACGGCGGUAA